AUGCCAUCAUCAACAUCCUCAUCAUCUCUUCUAUUUUGUGUUUUAGUUAAAAGCGCAAAUAUCCAAUCAUCUGACAAUGAAUGUUAUUCAUAUGUUGUACUUAAAAUUGAUAAUGUUAAAUCUACAACAACUGUAGUAAAAGGUUCACAACCAAGUUGGGAACAAGAAUUUUAUUUUGAUAUAGCCGAUCGUUCAGCUGGUCUUCAAAUUGAAUUAUGGGAACGUGGUCAAUUUUGGGAUAAACUUCUUGGAUUAUGUCAUCUACGUUUAGAUCAAUAUGAUGAACAAUUAAAUACAGGUUUAUCUGGUGUUAAUGAACGAUGGAUAACACUUGAUGCUGAAUUAAUAUUAAAUCGUCAAGGACAAGUAGCAAGAACAUGUCAUCCAACAGGACAUUCAAUAUUAAUUUGUACUCAUAUUGAAUUACCAUCUGAUUUAACUGAAGAAGAAUCAAAAGAAAUAGGUGAAAAACUGGAAAUUUUACAUGAUAUUCUCGAUAAAGAAGGUCGUCAAUUGCAAGAUAUUACAUUUGAUGAACUAAAUUCAAUUUCAUCUAUUCAUAAUGAUCAACGUAAUCCUCCACAUUAUCAACAAUUGAGUAAUCGUUCUCAUUCACAUUUUUCGGAUGAUAGUGAUUAUACAUCGGAUGUAUCAUAUUCAAUAAAUUCUCAAGUUAAUAUAAAUAAUCCAGUUUCAUCAAUGUCUCAAUCAAAUCCUAUAUCAUCAAUCAAUGAUGAUUUACUUUCAACAGGAACAACUAAAAAACCAUUAGCAUUUGUUCAACCAGUUAUACGUGAUUCAUCAGGACGAUUAAAUCAUGGUUCAAUAGAAAAAACAAAAUCUUUAACUCAACAAGAACCAUUAUCAUAUGUUAGUCAACCAAGAAAAAUGACAAAACAAUUUUCUUAUGACCAAAAGUAA